UGGUGCAUCGGGAGGACAAACGUAUCAUGCGGGGCAGGGCCGGGGCUGAGAUGCCGGGUUGUAAACGAAACCAGUUUGCUAUCCGAUACGAUCGAGGCAACAGUAGGUCUGCUCUGUUUCUCCGCGAGAUAUCGUAGGUAAUGGCAAAACGGUCGAGAAGAAAGGAAAUUAACAGAUAAGGAGAGAAAGAGAUCGGUGGGUUUGAUGGUCCAUCCGGAAAUCCUGAAGACACUUUUACUUCAGAUCUCCACCGAGUCAGAUCAACAUUGUUUUUAUUAUCACAGGACGAAACAAAAUAAUAAAUAUGAUAACAAUAGUCCUAUUUAGAAAUGAAACAUAGAGAUAGUGUUAGAGUGUUAGGAAUUCAAGCAAUAAAUAAUUGCAGUUGUAAAUAAGUGAGACUAUUAGAUGUCUUAUUACCUAGUAGUCAAAGAAAUGAGUGAAAUUCAUGAUAAUAAUCAUUGAUAAAAAUGAGCAAUGAAUCAUUAUGAAGUUUUGAGGAUUUUCAAACAAUUAAAAACAUUGAAGAUAGUGUUGUUAGUGACUGUUGACAAGUGAUAAGAAAAUAUUGUUCAGCAGAUAUUUAUUGAAUAAAAAUGUCUGCCGUGGCACCAGCUACUGGAGCUGCAUCAGCAAUGUCUAGUGGUAAUGGUCCAAUAGUUCCAGCGCCAGUAUUUGCAUUACCUACAUUGUCUUUUACCGUGUCUCAAGUUGCAACAGUGUGUGAAACCCUUGAGGAAAGCGGUGAUAUUGAAAGAUUAGCGAGAUUUCUUUGGAGUUUACCGGUAGCACAUCCAAACAUUCAGGAAUUAAAUCAAAGUGAAGCUGUGCUUAGAGCACGUGCUAUUGUUGCGUUUCAUUCUGGUCAUUAUCGAGAGCUCUAUGCUAUUUUAGAGCGACAUAAAUUCACCAAAGACUCACACGGUAAGCUUCAGGCAAUGUGGCUGGAAGCACAUUAUUCUGAAGCAGAAAAGUUAAGAGGGAGACCACUUGGUCCUGUUGACAAAUAUCGAGUGAGGAAAAAAUUCCCUUUACCGCGGACCAUAUGGGAUGGUGAACAGAAGACUCAUUGCUUUAAGGAACGUACCAGGUCAUUGCUUCGUGAGUGGUAUCUUCAGGAUCCUUAUCCAAAUCCUGGAAAAAAGAGGGAACUGGCAGCUGCGACGGGCUUAACACCGACGCAAGUUGGGAAUUGGUUCAAAAACAGAAGACAGAGAGACAGAGCUGCUGCUGCAAAAAACAGAAUGCAGCAACAAAGUGGUCAAGGAAAUGGAGGAUCGCGACGUGCUUUAAGUCCCGGUCCAGGUGCCAGUGAUUCUGAGGAUUCGGAUAUAUCUUUAGGAGGAACAUCACCACCAUCACCAUCAUCAACACCACCACCAACUCAUCAUCAACCUUCUCCAGUACCAUUAGGUCCCGUCGGACCAUUGCCUCCAGCACCAACGCUAAAUUUUCGCUACGAUCCAAGUCAAUCGCAAUUUCGUUUUGGACCUGCUACUGCAUUCAAGUUUCCAUCAACUGGAUUCCGCUUUGGGCCUCACAGUCCUCAGCACAAUCAUCCAACGAUUUCUCCCAAUACGGGAGGAAUGUUUAGGCUCACUGAAACGAGUCCUUUUCAAGCCGUCGGGCCCCGGGGAGACCUCGGCUCGAGGUGUGUAUAUCGAUCUUUGAGUCAUGAUGUUAGAAAUCGUUAUAGAAAUUUAUUACCAGACACAAUGGGUCUACCAGCUCCACGAAUACAUUCGCAUGAUAGUCUACUGCAUCAUCCUCAUCCACAACAUCAACUUCCUGAAAGUAUUUCACGGCUGUCCGACGGAUCUCGCUUAUCCGAUGGUGGCAUAUCACGACUUUCAGACAGUCUCAGUGAAGCUCACAGUCCACCACUCGUUGCAACAAAUCUUUCGGUUACUGGACCACUUCGAGUUGCUGUACCAAGUCCACAUACUCCAUCAUCACGUGGCAGUCCACCAUCUAAUCAACAAACUCCACACUCUCAGACUGUUCAAGUUCCUAACCAAGGAUUAAUUCGAGUUAUCACUCCACCACCGAAUCCAAAGCCACCACAGAUCCAUAGGCCUUUUUCACCAGCGUGAUACGAGAGCACUGAAUUCUGCGUUCUGUAAGUGUCUUCGAUGAUGAUCAUCAUGUCAGUAAUGAAACUAUGAUUAUUGUAACUUAGGCAACUAUUACGGAAAUAAUUACUCGGACUCAAAUUUGUUUUUUAUUUCAAAGUUAAAAUAGCAUUUAAUUUUAAAUAAUUUCGAUCAAUAAAUUCAGUCUGAUUUAUGUAUCAAAUAUUACAAAAAUGUGUAGAAAAAAAUGGUAUCACAAAUAUAUCUAUGUUGGUGGAAUUUAAUUUGAUAUACAAAAAAAUUUUUCAAAGUAAAAAUUAUUACAUUGAACACUAACACUGCAAAUCCAAGUUGUAGACACUUUUAAAACGCUAAGCCUCUUCAAUGUUAAAAUUCAUACAUAAACUAUAGAUUUUUUACACACUACGAAACGUAUGAAAAGUGUCUACAAAUCAUGCAUUAUUUGUUAAUGGGCAUUUUACAUUGAACACACUUUACGUGUGUUAUUUUAACACGUUUGUGAAAUCCUAGGAUUUGCAGUAAAAUUGCAAAUUUGAAAGUGUUUCUAUUUCAGUGCACUUAAAAGUGUCUUAAAAUGACACCAUUCAUUUGAUUAACAUUGUAAUUAAUUAUAAUGCACUUAGAAGUGUAUAAAAAGUAAUUACAAUGCUAAUCAAAUGAAUGACGUGUCAUAUUUAAACCCUUUAAAUGCAUCGAAAUGAAACUCUACUAUUUGCAAUGUAAUUAUUAUCAGCUUAAUAAAAUUUAUUCAAAACACAUGAUAAUGUUUCGACUUAUUUAGUAAACAUUAUUUUAAAUAAAAGCUGAUAUUACAUCAUUAAAAAAAUCGGACCCAUUACUAUAACUUCCCAAUGAGAAGUUGAAUAAAUUAAAAGUGAUAAAAAUUGCAUUACACGUCAGAUGUUUCGUGGUAAUUUUUACUUAUGAAGUUUUUAUUAAAUAGUUUAAGACUUGUCAACGAUUUAUAAAAAAAAUGAAAUAAAGUUAAAAAUUAAAUGGAUUACUCGUUAAAAUAAUUAACAGACAGACUUGAUGAAUACAGAUUAAAGCUAUGACUUGAAAGUAGAAAUAAAAUUGAAAUUCGAGUAAUUUAAAACGACUGAUCAGUGAUGAUAUAAAAAUGAUUAAAAUGAUAAUGACUGUAAAUAUAGAAAGUAUAGAUGUAAGCUUUUAGGUAGAGCUUUUAACUGUAAAUAAAUAGUAAGAAGGAUGUGAGUGAUGAAGUAUAAAAAUUGAUGUUCGAGGGAAAGGACAAUAGAGACGCUGGUAGUCCUAUAAGACACACUUUGUCGCUCGAUGCAACGAGUGUUUCCUUUUCCUAUUUAGUCCUCGUUUAUAAAGAAAAAGCAAUAAGUUUGCAUUGUCAUACCACUAAAUUGCUAUUGAAGAUUUCACUAUAAUUGUAAAUACAAUUAUUACUUAUAUAGAUGUAGAUAUAUACAUAUUAUAAAUAUUAUAUAAAUAUAUAUACAUAAAAAAAGAUAUUAUAUAAAAAAAAAAUUGCGUCACUAAAUACCAGUCAAAUUGGUUAAUGACGUGAUAAUGGACAGAGUGGAAUCUUUAAUUUUUGAUUAUUUAUUCGUUCAUGAAACUCAACAGUAUUUUUGUCAUCCAGUAAUUAGACAAAGAUAUCGGGUUAUUAAGAUGAUAACUAUUUCAUGAAUUAUUUAAUUUUAUUUUUCCUUAUAAAUAUUACUCAUCCUUUCAUCCGAAAAUCUGCGAGAGACAAGACUGAUUCGCAGUGCUUCGUGAUUGCGAUUCCCGUAUUAAACAAUUUUUUAAAAAAACAACAACAACGAAAUAUUUAGUCGUUGUGGAUGCGUGCAAAAAUUAAUUAUGAUGUUUUUAACGUUUCCAAUUCUUUAUUUUUAUUCAAGCGAAAAUAUGAUUAAAUGUCAGAAAAAUAAAAUACCAAACGUUUUAAUCCAACGUGAAUCUGUUUAAUUUGUUAACGAAUUAUGUUUUAAACAAAUGAAAUGUAUGAUACUGAAUAGUUUUCAA